AUGGAUUCAGAAGAGAAGGAAAUUGUGGUUUGGGUUUGCCAAGAAGAGAAGAUUGUCUGUGGGCUAACCAAACGCACCACCUCUGCUGACAUCAUCCAGGCUUUGCUUGAGGAACAUGAGACUACAUUUGGAGAGAAACGAUUUCUUCUGGGGAAGCCCAGUGAUUACUGCAUCAUAGAAAAGUGGAGAGGCUCUGAACGGGUUCUUCCCCCACUAACAAGAAUCCUGAAGCUUUGGAAAGCAUGGGGAGAUGAGCAGCCUAAUAUGCAGUUUGUUUUGGUUAAAGCAGAUGCUUUUCUUCCAGUUCCCUUGUGGCGGACAGCUGAAGCCAAAUUAAUGCAAAACACAGAAAAACUGUGGGAGCUCAGCCCAGCAAAUUACAUGAAGAUGUUACCACCAGAUAAGCAAAAGAGAAUAGUCAGAAAAACUUUCCGGAAACUGGCUAAAAUUAAGCAGGACACAGUCUCCCAAGAGCGAGAUAGUAUGGAGACAUUAGUUCAUCUGAUUAUUUCCCAGGAUCAUACUAUUCAUCAACAAGUCAAGAGAAUGAAAGAGCUGGAUCUGGAAAUUGAAAAGUGUGAAGCUAAAUUCCACCUCAACCGGGUAGAAAAUGAUGGAGAAAAUUAUGUCCAGGAUGCAUAUUUGAUGCCCAGUUUCAGUGAAGUUGAGCAAAAACUAGGCUUGGAGUAUGAUGAAAACCAGAUUCUGGAGGACCUGAGAGAAAGUGAUGGAAUUGUACAGCUGGAGGAGCGACUAACAUAUUAUAGAAAGCUCAUUGACAAGCUCUCUGCCGAAAUAGAAAAAGAGGUCAAAAGUAUUUGCACAGAGAUAAAUGAAGAUGAAGAAAGGGCAGCUGCAAGUGAACUUGAAGGCUCUAACUUAGAAAGUGUUAAGUGUGAUUUGGAGAAAAGCAUGAAAGCUGGUUUGAAAAUCCACUCUUACUUGAGUGGCAUCCAGAAAGAGAUUAAAUACAGUGACUCAUUGCUUCAGAUGAAAGCUAAAGAAUAUGAGCUCCUGGCCAAGGAGUUCAGUUCUCUUCAUAUUAGCAACAAAGAUGAAUGCCAGCUAAAGGAAAACAGAGGAAAGGAAUCUGAGGUCCCUACCAGCAGUGGGGAGGUUCCUCCUCUUACUCAAAGAGUAUUUAACAUGUAUUCAAAUGACACAGACUCAGACACUGGUAUCAGCUCUAACCACAGUCAGGACUCAGAAACAACUAUUUCACCUAUCUUUGGGAAGAUAUUUAGAACUUUCGUAAUAUUUCACUUUUAG